GUUCAGGCCAUCCUCUCUUUGCAGAUCUCGUCGGCCGAGACAGCGAGAGAGAGAGAGAGAGAUAGAGAGGUGAGAAUAUGGGGAGAGGGAAGAUCGCGAUCCAAAGGAUCGACAACAGGACCAACCGGCAGGUGACGUUCUCCAAGCGGCGCAGUGGGCUCAUGAAGAAGGCCCGGGAGCUCGCCAUCCUCUGCGAUGCGGAUGUCGGCCUCGUCGUCUUCUCCUGCACCGACCGCCUCUACGAGUUCAGCAGUUCCAGCAUGAAAACGAUAAUUGAACGAUACCAGGAGGCAAGAGAGGAGAAUAAUUGUCGGUUCCUAAAUCCAAUAUCUGAGGCAAAGUUUUGGCAGAUGGAGGUUGCAACUCUCAGGCCGCAAGUGCAGAACUUACAAAACAAUAAUCGUAAACUAAUGGGAGAGGAACUCUCUGGGUUGACAAUUAGAGACUUGCAGUUUUUCCAGAGCCAAAUUGAAAUGAGUUUGCAGUCCGUCACAAAGAAAAAGGUAACUUCUCUUAAUAUAAUCUGUGGUACCAUGAGUCCAUGA